CUCUUCCUCAAGAUAUAACACGUAGUACUCUCCGCUCUAUGCCGAGGUCGCCACAAUUUUUAUAGUUAGAAACCAAAAAUUCUCCCCUCCUCCUAGGGGAUUCCCGCCAGCGCUCGUGUCAUUCUUUAUCUUUGUGCCGAGAUAGUCACAUCGCCAGUGCAUUUUCAAGGAAAAAAUAAGGAAAAAAUGGGAAAAAGGAAGCACAAGAGCUCACGUUCAGACGAUGAAUCCAAGGAAAAUAAAGUAAACAAAAAAAUGAGGCGUUUAUCGAAGGAAUUAAGGAAAUUAAAAAACAUAAUACAGAAAGGUACAAGAAACAAUGAGUCAAAGGCAGAGAACCGGGGUCAACAAGAAUCAACUAAAAAAGCAGACUUGAGGAGUUUAUCGAGAAGCCCCUCAUGUACUCCUCCAAAUUCUCUGUUAGAAUUUUCGGAGGAUUAUCAACACUCGCCUUUGACAAAUGACGAGAUCAUGGUUAACCCAACGAAAGUUAAUUCAGCGGUUGUAAUGCAAAACCAUGAUCCCAACGGUGUUGCUACAACGCAAUCAAACAUCUCUAAUGAAGGUCAACUGACACCUAAGGCCGGAGAAAAUUCAGCUCCUCCAAAUAACCAGGAAGCUGACGUUUCCACACAGGGAAACGAGGUCGUCAUCGAAGACCUGGACAUAGAAAUUCUAGAAGCUAUCGGCAAACGAGUAGCGGAAGAUAGAGUGCUAGCUCCUUCAAUUCCAAAAAGCAUCGCCGUUCGAUUGGAGGACAUUUUAAAAAAAGGUCUUCCAAAAGAAGAAAAGGAAAAAUUAAUAAAGGAACACGCACCACCAAAAAAUUGCACAUUGAUAGAUCCUCCCAAAUUAAAUGACGAAAUUAAAGUUUCUGUAAUGGAAACAACCACGAAAAGGGAUGAUCGCAUAAUAGAAAAGCAAAAAAAAAAAAAUUACAGCUUGUCUUGCCCUAAUGGGAAGUGCCAUAGUGGAUAUCAUUAACAGUAAUAAAACAGAGAGAGAAAAUCCAAAAUUACCCCCCACUCAAAUUGAAUUAAUUAAGAAGAUCAGCGAGGCUACUCGAUUAUUAGCAGAUCUGCAGAGAGAUGAGACCCUGACUCGCAGGAGCCUAAUCCUUGCUGUCAUUAAUAGCUCUCAGAAGGAAGUCUUACAAUCAUCAACGGCGGAUGAAUGGCUCUUUGGCCAGAAGUUGGGCGAUCGUUUAAAGGCGGCAAAAUCAAUUGAACGAUCGAGUAAGGAUCUGAAGGCGAACCCUAAAAA